CCGGGAGAUUUGAAUUCUCUCUGCGAUGGUCGAGCCAACUCCAACAACAAGACUACACAUCACCCCUCUCAAUCCCGAAAUCCUCCCCUCGGUCCUACCCCCAUCAGUCCAACCCUCGGCCACCGACAUUUCCUUUCACCACAUUCCCACAUUCCCGAAAACGACUACGGAUAUAUCACCUUGCCAACCAUGGAAGCCGAAAAGAUCCAAAAGAAGCUGAACGGCAAGAUCCUCAAAGGCAAAAAAUUCAAAAUCGAGACGGCCCGUCCAUCCAAAAGACAAAGAAACGAGGACAGGGACGAAGCCGACGCACCUGCGGAGAAGAAAAAAUCAAAGAAAUCCGAACCCGAGGAUGGCGUUAUCGAGGGCUAUGAACUGGCCCCAGGCCGUAAAGUGAAGCGAGGCUGGACGGAAUCUUCUAAAAAGGAAAAACAUAGAUCGUCCGACAAGAAGGGAAGCAAGGAUGACAAGAAGGAAAAACCCCAGCCCAAGUCCAAAUAUACCGACAAGUCGGAGCUUCUGUUUCGAACAACCCUUCCGCCAAACCGAGUUGCCAACGAAACCGACGACAAAAAGGCCAAGAAGAAGAAGUCCUCGUCGCGGGAAACCGUUGUCCAUGAGUUUGAAAAGACAUAUACGCAGCCGAGUUUCUUGCGGUCGAUUGGAGAAGAGACCAAGCCUUCGACAUCAUUCGAUGAAGAGAAGGGCUGGGUGGAUGCUUCGGGGGAUGUGAAGGAAUCUGCGAGCAAAAAGAGCCGGAAGGACAAUUAUCGACCGGGUCAAAUUGCUGGAACUAAGGAGAAAGCACCGGCUAAGAAGUCUAAAAAGAGCAAACCUGAAAGCAGCUCACCUGCACCAAUUGAAGCUGAAGAUUGGACUUCUUCCAGUGGCUCAUCUGAUGAGGGCUCUGAUUCCGAAAGCGAAAGCGAAAGCGAAGGCGAAGACGAAGGCGAAGACGAAGGCGAAGACGAAAGCGAUAACGACUCUUCUGAUGAUUCGUCCGAUGAUUCAUCGAACGAUUCCAUCGUAGAGGCCUCCAAGGACCAAGAACCCGCAAAGGAGACAAAAUCCUCCAAGGCCACGCCACCCACCUCAGACGAUUCAGACUCGGAACCCAAAUCGGCGGCGAAGUCGGAGUCGAAGUCGAAACCCUCAAGCAAAGAGGAGGGUGUCGUGGAGGAUCCUACACCUACUGAAGUCCACCCUCUGGAGGCUCUCUUCAAGCGAGCCGCUCCAACUGAUUCCGAGGAUAAGCCCGCCGAGGACACGAAUGCUGGCUUCAGCUUUUUCGGCGGCGGUGAUAUCGAGUCCGAGGACGAGGCCCAAGCUACCGAACCUCAGACACCAUUCACGCCAUUCACCAAACGAGACCUUCAAGACCGUGGUUUGCGAAGCGCAGCUCCGACCCCCGACACAAGUCUGAUCAAUCGGCGCAUGAAUUGGGAAGAUGAGGAAGAUGACGAGAUGGAAGACGACGCCGCCGUCGAUACUCCCGUUUCCAAAUCCCGAAGCACGAAGCUGGACACUAAGGAUGAAACAGAGUUCACGAAGUGGUUUUGGGAGAAUCGUGGUGAUAACAAUCGUGCUUGGAAGAAGAGGCGGCGCGAUGCUGCCAAGGAACAGAGACAGAGAGAGAACCGGAAGAAGGGCAUGAAGGGCAACACGAUCAUCCCCCUCGACCCCGCGAAAUCCGGCUCCGAUCCUCUCGACAGCGUGGUGAACCUGUACCAUCGUGCAUUUGACCACGCACUCACCGACAGCGACAGCUCCGAGUCCGGGCCCGAGCAACAAGCAGCUCCCCAGACCGGCGAUCGCGAUCUAUCCAAGCGCGCCAACAGAUACCGCCAACUCAACUGCAACGACUGCAAUCGCAAAUUCUGCCUCGACUAUGAAUUGCCGACGUGUAAGGGUGCCAAGGAGGAUGAUGUUGUUACUACUUGUUUCCAGCGUGAUUCACGAAAAGACGAAACGGUUGUUUUUAUUUUUAUUUUUGCGACUGGUGGAUUGCUCGCCUGGGCGCUUUGCAAGCCUUGGAUUGAGCGAUAUCUCGAGGCAGCACGAGAACGCCGAUCGUAUAUGCCUGUUAGUGAAGAUAGAUAG